AUGGCGACACACGUGAGAGCUUCGCCGGCCGGCUGGCCAAGAACUAAUUCUGUGACCCACAGACAGCACAGCACGUCCCCUCAAAUCGAUAGAUUCAUUAAUCUGUACCCACUCACAAACUACACAUUUGGAACAAAAGAUCCACUGUAUGAGAAGGACAGCUCUGUGGCCGCCAGGUUUGCGCGUAUGAAGGAAGAGUUCCAGAAAGUUGGCAUGAGAAGAUCGGUUGAAGGUGUUCUGAUAGUGCAUGAACAUGGUCUGCCACAUGUGCUAUUGUUGCAGCUUGGAACAACAUUUUUCAAAUUACCUGGUGGAGAACUAAAUCUCAAUGAGGAUCCUGUGGAUGGCUUGAAGCGGUUGCUGACCGAGACGCUUGGUCGACAGGAUGGGGCACCCAUGGACUGGACCAUCGAGGACACAAUUGGAAACUGGUGGAGGCCAAACUUUGAACCACCGCAGUACCCAUACGUCCCUGCCCACAUCACUAAGCCCAAAGAACAUAAAAAACUCUUCCUUACGCAACUGCCAGAGAAAGCACUUUUUGCUGUCCCAAGAAAUUACAAGUUAGUGGCAGCACCUCUGUUUGAGUUAUAUGACAAUUCAGCUGGAUAUGGACCCAUCAUUUCCAGUCUCCCACAAGCUCUCAGCAGGUAA